GCGUAACAAUUUACUCAUCACUUACUCAACAUACUACGAGGGUUAUUAGAACUUGAAAAAAAUGGCUUCCAAGGCUUUGAUUCUGUUGGGUCUCUUCGCAGUUCUUCUCGUCGUCUCGGAAGUGUCUGCCGCAAGCCAGUCGGGCAUGGUGAAGCCAGAGAGUGAGGAAACUGUGCAACCUGAAGGUUAUGGCGGUGGCCACGGAGGACAUGGUGGUUACGGAGGGGGAGGAGGCCACGGACAUGGAGGACACAACGGAGGAGGGGGCCACGGACUUGACGGAUACGGAGGAGGAAAUGGUGGUUACGGAGGUGGAGGACACUACGGAGGAGGUGGUGGAGGACACUACGGAGGAGGUGGUGGAGGACACUACGGAGGAGGUGGUGGAGGACACCACGGAGGAGGAGGCCACGGGCUUAACGAACCUGUUCAGACUCAGCCGGGUGUUUAAAACUAUAUCAUAUAUUCACCACCAUCCAUGAUUGCAUAUAUAUAUAUACACUUAUGUAUUAUGUGUAUGCUUAUAAAUAAACCAUGGUGAGUUUGUAACACAGUGCCUUCGGAAAUGUUUGGAAUAAAGUUCCAUUAUAAUC